GACUGAUUCAUACGCUGAAAUUUUUUCCCUUAAGCUGCUCCCAACUUUUUUUCAUUUGAAAACAUUCUGCAUAUUUAUUUGAAAUGAGUGAGGCUGUAUCUCAUCCAAACAAGGACAGAAAACCAUCCAGACCUGGUUUUUAUUUUUGAAUACAUCAUCUUGGUUCUAUGGCAUCACAACAGUACAUUUUAUGUCUCUAUGCAAAUCCUUGACUGUAAUGUCUUCAGAUCAUAUGACACAUGUAAAUGGACAACUUGAUUUGAAAGCUGAGCACAGGGGUUGAACGGGGAUUUUUAGAUUUUUCUCAAAGAACAGGCUAUUGGCCUUCUGUAAUAAAAGCAACUGGUCUAUCUAGAAGUAAAUCAGUUGGGACAAAGAAAGGAUUGUGAAUACCUCAAGAUGGGCGGUGGAGCCAGUUCUGAGAGCAAGGAGUCAGCCAGGAGAUCCAGAGAGCUGGAAAAGAAACUCCAGGAAGAUGCAGAGAGGGAAGCCAGGACAGUCAAACUACUACUGUUGGGUGCUGGAGAGUCAGGAAAGAGCACUAUUGUAAAGCAAAUGAAGAUCAUCCAUAAAGAUGGUUUCACAUACCAAGAACGCAUGGAGUUCCGGCCUAUCAUUUACAGUAACACAGUGCAGUCUAUCCUGUCUAUCGUGAAAGCAAUGACUAAGUUAGGGAUCAGUUAUGAAAACCCAGCUAGAAUUGAAGAUGAAAGGAAACUCCGUGGCAUGGAAACAAAUCUGGAUGAUAGCAACAUGUCUUCUGAGUUGGUUGAACUCAUCCAGCAACUGUGGAAAGACGGUGGGAUCCAGGCAUGCUUUGCAAGGGCAUCAGAGUACGAGCUCAACGACUCAGCAGCCUAUUAUCUCAAUGAUUUGGAUAGGCUAGCAAUGCCUGACUACGUGCCUAGUGAGCAAGAUGUUUUGCACUCCCGAGUGAAAACAACUGGGAUUAUUGAGACUCAGUUUUCCUUCAAGGACUUGAACUUCAGGAUGUUUGAUGUGGGUGGACAGCGUUCAGAGAGAAAAAAGUGGAUUCAUUGCUUUGAGGGAGUGACCUGCAUCAUAUUCUGUGCUGCACUCAGUGCCUAUGACAUGGUUCUGGUGGAAGAUAAAGAAGUGAACAGAAUGCAUGAAAGCCUUCAGCUGUUCAACAGCAUCUGCAACCACAGCUGCUUUGCAACCACUUCCAUCGUGCUGUUUCUAAACAAAAAAGACCUCUUUCAAGAGAAAAUAGCAAAAGUUCAUCUGAACAUCUGCUUUCCUGAAUACAAUGGACUAAAUACAUUUGAAGAUGCUGGGAAUUAUAUCAAGAAACAAUUCCUAGACUUGAACAUAAGGAAAGAAGAUAAGGAGAUAUAUUGUCACCUAACCUGUGCCACAGACACCCAGAAUGUCAGGUUUGUUUUUGAUGCAGUCACAGAUAUAAUAAUCAAAGAAAAUCUGAAAGACUGUGGGCUUUUCUAGCCAUUCAUUCCCUGACUUGUAGCCCAGUUCCACGUCUGUAUAUUUUCUUCUCUUCAUCCUGCUUGCUGACUGAAAUAAAACUCAGUAGGAAUGAGGCUUUUGUUAGUUGUGAAUUGAAGCCCUGGGUACAGCCAGAGCAUUGCAAAACUACAUUGACUUUCUGUGCAUCAUAAGAUUGAAAAACAUGCUUUGCUUCACAGAGAUGCUAGUGAGGGAUACAUGAAUCAAAGGGACAUUCCUAUCUCAAUCAAUAUGUUUUGUAGGUAAUCAGUAGCUGUCAGGAAUUUCCUACUUCGGUGUCCUGUGUUUUUCAGUGAGAGAGCUUAAAAGGAUAAUACCAAACAGCUAUUAGGUAACUGGCACAUUUAAAGCUUUAAAAAAAAAAAGUCAUAACAUUAAAAUACUAUCAGCAGAUAAUUUCCAUUCACUACUCAUGUUUUCAUGUUACAUUAACAACAAAAAAUGACAUAAAUGACAUUCCAUUAACUUAGCAGAACCAAACUCCCAGACUUAACUGUCAUACGACAAAGAGCAGUGCAAAUCUGGAUGUUUAAUAGUGUUUUGAUGGAAUUGCUGAGACACACAUCUAAAAACUGCACAUAUGUGAAAUGCUGCUAUUCAGUUGUUGGGGGACAGGAAAGUAAGAUGGUGAUAGAUAGCAGGUAAGUUUCUGGAAUCUCUGAGAAAGAAAUAAAUAUUACAGUAACUGUCAGUUUCUGCAUAUACCAUAAAGGCAAUCUGAAACGUUUUUUAACAAUUAAAUACUCAACUUAAAAAAAACAAAACAGUAAUUAAUAGUUCUUCAGCUGAGCACCUUUCCACUGACAUCUGCAAUCAUUCCCACCAGGGCAGAGCAAAUGAGAUGCCCUUGUCCCCAGGGCAAAGCACAUUUGUGACCCUUUGAUGCAGAGAUCUAUUAUCUAUGCAAAUUAAUUGCUGAUGAAGAACUGCUCCCACUCAGCUCCCCCUAAUUAAUCGUGCCUUUAACUAGAAAAAAAAAUAUGGUAAACAAAACCAGCAUUCUUUCUAAAUAUAUUAAACACAUUUUUGGAAUUUUGUCUUGGAGCAAUACUCACUUU